AGUGAGAGAAAAGUCUGAACCCUCUUUUCUCUCUUUACUUUCUCUCUGCCUUUCGUCCUCUCUUCAAUGGCGAACAGCAACCUUCCUCGCCGGAUCAUCAAGGAAACUCAACGUCUCCUUAGUGAACCAGCGCCGGGAAUCAGUGCUUCGCCAUCUGAAGACAAUAUGAGAUAUUUUAAUGUCAUGAUCCUUGGUCCAACUCAAUCUCCAUAUGAAGGUGGGGUUUUCAAGUUGGAGUUGUUUCUGCCUGAAGAAUAUCCAAUGGCAGCUCCCAAGGUUCGUUUUCUCACCAAAAUAUAUCAUCCUAACAUCGACAAGCUCGGAAGGAUAUGCCUUGAUAUCCUGAAAGACAAAUGGAGCCCUGCUCUCCAGAUUCGAACCGUACUCUUGAGCAUUCAAGCACUACUAAGUGCUCCAAACCCGGAUGAUCCUCUUUCUGAGAACAUUGCUAAGCAUUGGAAGACAAACGAAGCUGAAGCUGUUGAGACAGCAAAGGAAUGGACUCGCCUGUAUGCAAGUGGCGCAUGAUGACGAUGACAUGGUGAAAAUUUGUGCCCUCUUUGAAUAUCUUCUGUGCUUCUGUAUGUUAAUGACUGAAUUUCAAAUGGAACUUGUGUAGAAGUAAUGCUUGAUCGAUCAGAGUUUAAUAUUUGCAAAGCUUGUCGAUAAUGCCUAUUAAUUAUUCUCCUUUGGAAGCUUUGUAUUUCAACUUGUAUGAUUAGAAUGACAUACCAAUCUUCUCUA